UAUAAAUAGUGGUGUGAUUUUUCAGUUGUUUGCUGUUCAACUGAACAUCGCUGCACACCAAUAACAUGGUAAAGAAAAAUUGUUUGAUACUGGCGUUUGUUUGGACGUUGUUUCAAUUUUCCUACGUCCUGUGCAAUGAAAUAUCUUCGGCCAAAAGCACUGAAUUGAACAGUUUGAUCAAGCGUUACAGUGACCUCUUUGGUCGUUACAAGGCUUCUGAAUGCGCUGCAUUUUUGGUAGUCAGCUCACCAGAAAUCAAAUGGACUCUGAAGGAAUUUAACGAUGUUAUACGCGACACCAAGUUGCAGAUAUUUGCGAACACGUCCGUGGAUUAUCUGAAUAAACUGAAAAGCGAAUACACUUGGAAGAAUGUAAACGAAGUAUCUUACCUGUAUCAUGACUAUAUAGGUCAAUUGAAAGACGUCGAAGAGUACCACAACAGUACUGUAUUUGAAAAAGUGUGGACCAAAAUGGGGAACAUGAAAGUUACAGUUAACCUACAUGCAGUGUUUGAAAACUACUUGAAAUCCCUUGGCAAUGCAUGGACAGCUAGGAAGGAUCUCUACACGACAGCAGCUGUGUACUACAAAACCGACAACACGCAGAAGGAUGACGACAUCACUUCUGGAAAUGGAACCAUUACCGCAGAAGAAUGGGGAGAAAUUAUUGAAAGGGAAUUAAUCAAAUCAAGAGAGAAAUUUGAGCAAGAAUGCUUGCGAAUCUCGAGAAUUCAGCCCAAUGAAACUUCCAACGAAAUAUUAUUGAAGAAAUCAGAUGGGAAAACUUUGCCAAUAUCUGAGUUGCAAUAUGAUCUUGUUCAACUGAUGUCUGAAGUAGAAAAGGUUGAGAAGCUCAGAAUUGAAAGGUUUCACACACUGACUGCAUUGGAUAUAAUGAAUAUAGCUCUCGAUACAAUGCAACGAGAGCGUGAUCAUGAAUUUGGUGAGCAAUAUGUAAGAAACACAGAGGACAUGGAGCGUUCAUAAACUCAGAAAACAUUUUUCUCUAGUGGUGAUGGUGUUUCACUAAUUCACAUUAAUAAACAUUUUCUCUUUCUCCAAGUCAGUUCUGCUUACAAUCAGUCGUUUUUUGUUUCACAUAAUCUACUUGUAUGAUUCGAGUUUAUCAAUAAGACACACGUACACAACCACUGUAACGACUGAAAAAA